GCCUGGGACCUAAAAUGCUGCCUGCAGUCCGGAGAAGACCCUUGCUUGCGCCGAUUGCGCAGAAACAGUACUUGUUUUAGUUUCGGAAACAUCAACGAGCAAAGGAUGAGUUUGUUUCAGCUGGAUGAUUUUUUAGCAGGAUGGAUAGGAGUUAUCUGUCUGAAGAAUAAGAAUAAGUCUGGGUAAGUAUGAUCCUUUCACCUACAUGACACGUAGUAAAGGUAGAUGCUGUUUAAAAGUACCUUGAGAUCAGAUUGUUCUCUGAAAACUUCCUGAGGAUGGGAGUACCCAAUCUCCAUCACUCCUAACUCCUCACCCCCCCCCACUCUGCUAAAUCAAUGUAGUGUCACAUGAAAACUAUGCGUCACAUGAUAUAGUUAUCUUAUUGACUUGCCCCUCAUUACUUUGUGUCCUGUCACUGACAAAACAGCAGCUGUCUGUUUUUCUUGGCCUGUUUCUCAUGCUGCUGUAAAUAAAAUCUUUCUUUUUUUUAAUAGGAUUUUUGUGAAUUACGGGGCUAAAUGCACGCUAUAGCAUAGUUUCUUUUAAUAUCAUCAGAGCAUGUUCUAAAACAAAAUACUACCUGCAACGUACUACCUGUGCAACUGAGAUUCAGACCUGACUAAUCAACUCCGCAGCCUACGGAAUAUAAGCAUUUAGAGACUAUAUAGAAUUAUAACUUAGACAUUAUAGAUUAAAAUGAUACAAAUUAUUCAAACCAUAUUGGAAAAUUAACAUUAGUUUUGCUAUGGUAAAAUUAUCAUCUUUUAAUAUCUUCCGAAGAUGUUUGAAUUAUUUUUUUGUUGCUGUGAAUACAGGAAGUAUCCUACCAUUGUCUACUACAUACCAGUGUACACUACCAGUCGAAAGUUUGGACACACCUUCUAAUUCAAUGUUUUUUGUUUAGGGAUUUAUUUUCUACAUUCUAGAACAAUACUGGAGAUUUCAAAGCUAUGAAAUAACACACAUGGACUUAAGUAAUCCAUAUGUAAUGACAACAAAAAACAGUCAGUUGUUAUUUUAAGACACGAAGGUCAGGUGUUCUGGAAUAGUUCUUGCAAGAACAGUAUUGUCAAGUGCAUUUGCAAAACCCAUCAAGCACCAUGAUGAAACUGGCUCACAUGAAGACCAUCCCAGGAAAGCAAGACCAAAACUUACCUCUGCUGCAGAGGAGAAGUUCAUUUAGAGUUACCAGCCUCAGAAAUCACCAAUUAACAGCACCUCAGAUUAGAGCGGUUAUGAAGGCUUUACAGAGCAUCAGUAGCAGACAUGCCUCAAUAUCAACUGUUCAAAGGACACUAUUGUGUAUUUCGGCCGCCUUCAGCAUUGUAAAGAAAUAGAAAGAAAUAAACAUCAGGAAAGACCAUGGAAUUAGAAGAUGUGUCCAAACUUUUGACCGGUAGUGUAUGUGGAAACUACCAAAUGAAGUCUGUUACAACAUGCCCUGCAUUCAUUUGUGCCCUGCUGUCCCCUCUUGUAUGUAGUACCGUUGAUUUUCUCCCAAGAAAAUGGACAGAAAUUGCAUCUUAACUGUUGUUUAAUUAGACCUGUUUAAAAUGCAGAGUGGCUGCUUAAAGCGACUAGCACUGCAAGUUGUUUUGAAUUGCCUGUACCCAAAAUCCAUCCUUUUACAAAGUGCCAACUUGGGUGUUUACUUUACAACAAUCUGUCGCAUUGGGCUGCAAUAUUAUGCCUGAAGCACACAAUGUAUGGUAUUUAACAGAGUGGACAAUGUGUUAUUCAUUCAUCAGAGCUCAGGCUGGACAAGAACCUACAAAGCUGAAUAGCUCAUCCUCUCCAGCAGCCUGUUUGUUCCCUUUUAAAAAUAGGCUAAUAAAAUGUUUUUAUUUUUCACCAGGUGCCUCCAGUGUGAUUGUAGGACAUCCACUUGACACUGUGAAGACGCGAUUACAAGCCGGAAAAGGCUACAAGAAUGCCUUCCACUGUAUAGUGACCAUCUACAAAAAGGAAACUCUUACUGGCUUUUUCAAAGGCCUGUCCUUCCCAUUAGCAAGCAUCACAGUGUAUAACUCAGUGGUGUUUGGCUUCUUCAGCAACGCUCAGAGAUUUAUCAGUGACCUGCGUUAUGGUGACAGAAGACACCCAUGCGAUAUGCUUGACCUUACUUUGGCCAGCAUGAUGACAGGCCUGGUAUCAGUGAGCCUAGGGGCCCCAGUGGACCUGGUUAAAAUCAGACUACAAAUGCAAACCCAACCGAUCCUCGCACAAAACUUUACUCUUGCUGGCAAUGGCAGUGUCCCUCUUCGAUCAGUGGGGCUCCAGAAUCAGCGUGCAGAGUGUACCGUAUACAGAGGACCUCUUCACUGCAUCAGCAGCAUCCUGCAAACUGAAGGAAUCCAAGGGCUCUACAGAGGUGCAGGGGCCAUGAUACUCCGAGAUGUGCCUGGCUAUGCCCUUUACUUUAUCCCAUACACGCUCUUCUGUGGCUGGAUGAACCCUAAUGGUAACAGCUCCCCUCAUCCCUGCUCCAUAUGGCUGGCUGGCGGGUUAGCAGGAUCUAUCUCCUGGGUCACAGCAACGCCAGCUGAUGUAGUUAAGAGUCGACUGCAAGCUGACACAAUGCAUCACAGGAAAUAUAAAGGAAUCGUUCACUGCAUCAUACAAAGUUACAAGACAGAGGGACUACAUGUCUUCUUCCGUGGUGCAUCUGUAAGUGCCAUCAGAGGAUUUCCAAUGAGUGCUACAAUGUUCCUGGUUUAUGAAUUAUCUCUCAAGUUUUUCCGAAGCCUGUGAUAAGUGUCCAAAGUUCCAUCUAACACAGCAACUUUUUUGUAAACAUGGAACACGUUUAAUGUUGUUUAAUGGUUUUUAAGAGUUUUAAUGGCCUGAAUGGGGGUUAUCUGGUUGUUGAUACUUUACUUUGGUAUCAAUUGCAUAUUUACUUACUUCUUAUAUUAAGAAAAACGCAGGCCAUGAAUUGCACAUGAUUUUAAAAAUCUCAAACUUUUUAUCAAAGCAUUUGACUACAUGUGUAUUUAAUAAUUUUGUAUUUUGCUUUUAUUGACAUGCUUUCUCUAUAAAUGUACAGUAUGUUAGGGGGAAAAAAAGUAGGCAGUAGUUUCUAAAAAUGCUGUAUUUAAUUUUUUCGUUUUUGUCAUUAUAAAAACGGCAUAUGUCUAACCACAGCUAUUUAUAUUUUCGAUAUGAUUUUAUAAUGUAACCCUGUAGAGUAGUAAAUUUAACAAACUUGAUUUCAUAAAAGAUACAUGUGAAUCAGUGGCAUUGAUCUAUAUACCCAGUAUCUAUAACAAGAUUCAAAAACAUUUGCCUUUUUUUGCUAGCUACUUUAGUUAGCUAGAUAGAUUUUAAACAUUGCUUAUAUGUUGAAAUGGCAUAUAUGACAUAUAUAAUAUAUAUAUAUCCAACCUCAUGGACACUGAGAACAAUAAUUAGUAAUCUUGUUCACCACUUUGUCUUUUUUUUGUUUCGCACCAAUAAACUAAAUGCACCAGUAGCCUUCUGAAUUGCCCUCUAAAAUGGCUUGGACUUGGAUUGGACUCAAGAACGAACAUGAAAAAACCUAGCAUUGUUUCCUGAGGUAGCUAAAGACUGAAGAAUCUGCAAGGAAUGCUAACCAGUCUAACCAAGAUGGUGUGCAAUAAGAGACCAGAGGAUCUUCAGUUCUAAUUUCUCAAGAAAAUGUAUGUGAAGUAAAAGAUACUGUCCAUAAUCCAUGUUAAUCAUUUUAAAGAAAAUUGUUUUGUUUUGUUGUUUUUUAUUUUAUUAUAAUUACAAUAAUAUAAACUAUUGGGGAGAAUUAAUUUCAAACUGACGUGAUACAUAUUUCCACCAGGUGGAGGCAUUGUAUAAUAUUUUAAUGGUUUGUACAGCGAGUUGUGUGUUGUUUUUAUAACGCUGGGGGUCAGCAGUUUACUUGCUUGUCUGAUUAAUUGCAUUGUAUAAACCAUUUUUAGACAAUCUGUACCCUGUUAUCAUUGUGGGUUUUGAUAUAAAAUAUCCAGAAAGGCAACAGUUAUAGAGCAAAGAUUUAUUAUAAUGAAAUCUUUAAAAGAACAAUAAGUUAUCCUAUAAAUAUUGAUGUUGUUAUUUUGGUAACCUAAACUCAAUAUCUCAGUGAUACCUUUUCUUUAAGAUCAUACACAUAUUUAAGACAUUAAGUAGAACAUAGUGGAUCACUUUCAUGGAGUCGUUUGGAUAGUUUCCCAAAACUAAGUUGCUGACUUGCUGUCCUCUCUUAAUAUAUCAUGUGCCUUGAAUUACAGAUAUUUGUGUAAAGUGUGUCUACUUACUGUGUUUGUCAUAGCUCUUUAGUAACUAAGUUAAAAGGAAGUGCAGAAAGUAUUACACCAAUCAGGCAUAACAUUAUGGCCACUGACAGGCGAAGUGAAUAAUGCUGAUUAUCUCCUCAUCAUGGCACCUGUUAGUGGUUGGGUAGCAAGUGAACAUUUUGUCCUCAAAGUUGAUGUGUUAGAAGCAGGAAAAAAUGGGCAAGCGUAAGGAUUUGAGCGAGUUUGACAAGGGCCAAAUUGUGAUGGCAAGACAACUGGAUCAGAGCAUCUCCAAAACUGCAGCUCUUGUGGGGUGUUCCCGGUCUCCAGUGGUCAGUAUCUAUCAAAAGUAUCCUUUAAGACCUGUAAGUUGCGACUUGGAGGCCCCACCUCGCAAAUUACAGGACCUAAUGGAUCUGCUGCUAAAGUCUUGGUGCCAGAUACCACAGCACACCUUCAGGGAUCUAGUGGAGUCCAUGCCUUGACAGGUUUUGGCAGCAAAAGGGGGACCAGCACAAUAUUAUGCAGGUGGUCAUAAUGUUAUGCCUGUUCAGUGUAUAUCGAGGGCCACGUAGAUCAAGGCCUAAGGCAUAAGGCUGAUUUGUAAAGGUAUGGGUUAGUACAUCUAGUAUUUGUUAGCAUUUACGGUGCAUUUUCAAUGUUUUUCUUACUGCACAUCACUGCAUAGCAUGCCGUAUACUGAACAAACUCUAGUGAUCUAAAACCUGAACCUGAUCUUAAAAUCAACCUGAUCUGAAAAGUGUUUAUAUGGCAACAGAUUGCAAUGUGUUUUUUAUAGAUACAGUUAUUGCUGACUGGUCAUAAAAUUUUCUAGAUAACCCUGUUUACAACCAGUGUGUAAGAGAUCUGGUUUCCAUGACUCAUCAUCGUUGAUUCUGAGCAAAAUGAAUCCAAUUCAUCUCGAUGUGACUGAGCAAGCUAAACAGCAUAUGAUCAAUA